GGCUUUCAAAAUAAGACGCACAUCGAUGUGCUGGUAGUAUUUGUAAAACAUACAGGCUUAACGAAAUUAUGUUUCUCUCUAGUUACUGACAGUGCAAAUGACAGGGUUUAAAGGUGACGACAAUGCAGCAGAAGUCGCGUCGCUCCUCAGCCAGGGCGGGGUGUCGAUCGUCGAGCAGCAGAUGCGUUGGGCACUUGGAGCAGGAGCGACCCUACUAGAAGUUUCGACCGCUUGGAUCGCGCACAUAAACGGCAGUGGGAUUGACUCCCCUCGGUGUGUGACCGGGCAAGCAGGUUCUACUAGGUUCUGUCCUGGUUCUGGUUGUCAGGACACAGUGGGGGCUAAGCUAGGCCGAAGGCCGCGUACGGUGCGGAGUCUACCCGAGGCUGACACACUGUUCACCGGGAUGUUCGGCUGCCUGGUCGCCGGCAGACUGGUCCAGACGGACGCGGUCCAGGUCGCCUCGGACAAGUUCGUGUUCAACCUGCCGGACUACGAGAACGUGAACCACGUGGUGGUGUUCAUGCUGGGCACCGUGCCGUUCCCCGCCGGCAUGGGCGGCGCCGUCUACUUCUCUUUCCCGGAGCCGGGGAGCGGCGGCCCGGUGUGGCAGCUGCUCGGCUUCAUCACCAACGACAAGCCCAGUGCCAUCUUCAGGAUCUCCGGCCUGAAGUCCGGGCGGGGCGGCGCGCACCCCUUCGGUACGAUGGCGGCCUCGUCAUCCCCCUCGGUGGCGCAGGUCGGAGUGUCGGUGGAGGCUCUGGAGCAGCUGGCCCAGCAGAUCCCGGUGUCCAGCGCCGCCGUGUCCACCGUGGACUCGUUCCUGCACUUCACCCAGAAGAUGCUGGACUCUCUCUACAACUUCGCCUCCUCCUUCGCGGUGUCGCAGGCGCAGAUGACGCCGAACCCCACCGAGACCUUCGUCCCUUCCAGCUGCAUCCUCAAGUGGUACGAGAACUUCCAGAGGCGAAUGGCACAGAACCCGAACUUCUGGAAGAACUGAUGUGACCCUGGGCUGCAGUGGACCGGCCCGUCUGAUAACGCCUGCGGCUCCCACCGUCGGGGACGUGAUACCACUUCUCUGUCUCAACCGGGUUCGUAGGGUUAAACUCAGCCAUGAUCUAUUGAUGCAGUGUCACCCUCACAGGACACGUGGAUGUCAGGUUGUGGGCGACGGUCCCUUUCACGUUGAGUCCGUAAUCGUGCUUAUUGUGUCUACUCGCCAGAUUCAUAAAGAUCCGGUUCGGUGAGAGCCAGUGUUGGGUCGAAAUGAUUUCGUAAUCUGUGUUCUAUAGAACAGAACCAUCACACUGUUGUACUUGUGCGGGCUUUCCACAACCUGGCAACCCAUACUUUGUUCUUGCUGAAGGCUGGAAACCCAUAGGUUCCAGGUUCUGUAUCUGCAAUUUUUUUACCUGAAGAUUAAAAGCACAUUGUUUAUUUUUGUUACUGAACAAAGUGUUUGGUUAAAAAAUAAUAAUGUGAAUGUUUGUAAUCUUACAUUACUUUUUUGUUCAGAGCAAUAAAGUGAGUGAAGCUGUUACUGGA